AGAAACAAGGAGGGGUCAUGGCAUGCAAGGAAAGAUGGUGGGUCUGAAGCCUCAGGAGUGGAAAUCUGAGAAUCCAUUUGAGCCAACCCAUUUUUUGCGCAGUCAUUCUUCUUCUUCUCUCCCAUUUCAAAUCUUGGGCUUUCUCUGAUCUUUCAAAAGCUUUUUCAGUUCUUUUUUUUUUUUUUUUUUUCCCCUGGGUAUAAGAGGGAUGCCCUUUCAGCUACAGGGGAAGGGGGUCUUUGAAAUCGCAGGCUUUGCUCCGGUUUGUGCUUGGAAUAGCAACAACAAUCAUAAGAAAGAAGAGCUUCUUGGCUUGGUGAGCAACAACGACAACCACCACCACGAGCCCACCUCCGUGCUUCAUAUGAGAAGAAGCCCGAGCCCGCCCACGUCGGCAUCGACUCUGUCUUCGUCUUUCGGCGGCGGAGGAGGCGGCGGUUCCUCGGACCCACCGCCCGCUACGACCGCAUCCCAACCCGAAUUCGCUCGAAAGGACGAAUGGGCAUCGGAGCUCCAACCAAUUCCGAGUGGACUAGAGGCAAUAACUGGCGGAGGAAGAUGCGCGCUUGGAUUGGUAGACUGGGAGAGCAUGUUGUCGGAAACGGCGCCAUCGCCGAGCCAUGAACAGGAACAGUCGCUGCUGCGUUGGAUCGCGGGCGAUGUGGACGAUUCGUCGUUCGGCUUCAAACAACUCUUGCAGAGUGGGAAUAAUACUCUCGAUUUGGACGGCAAUGCGCGGCUGGGAAUCGUCGAUCAGGGCCCGGGUGUGUUCGAGACAAUCGGUGGCGUUUCCGCUACGGGUAAUUUAAUUGCAAGCGUUAUUCAAAAUCCUAAUUUUUUAGCUUAUUCAGGUUCUGGUGGGUUUGCAAAUAGCAGCGGCAGCAGCAACAACAGCUACAGUAACGGAAAGGUUGGUGGUGCAAGCGUUCCGAGUACUUCUGGUUUCCUAGAUUGCAAGGUUUCUGGUAUUGGGUUGAGUGGCAGCAACAAUAACAAUUGCAAUAUCCAAAAUCCUGUUUUUACUUGCUCCGCAAACAGUCUCCCACUUCCACUCACGUUGCCUCCUGGUGUGGUUUAUCAGCAGCAACAGUUUGAUGUCCCGGACGAGAAGCCUCAGGUUCUGAAUCCACAGUUAUUGAUGAGCCAACAGCAACAGUCUCAAAAUCCCAACUUGUUUCUGCCACUGUCUUUUACCCAACAUGAAGAGCACCUCCCACAGCCUCCCCAACCCAAUCGACACAGCUCGAUUGGGUUAGACCUCACCACCCAGAUCCCGAAAGUUCCUGUUGCUCAUGCCGGGCACGAGCUUUUGCUGACAAAACAUCAGCAGCAGCAGCAGCAACAGCCGCCGCACCUGGGGUUUUCUCCGGGAGUGCAAUUUGUUCCUCAGCACCUUCUGCAACAUAAGUCACUGAUGGUGCCGAAGCAGAAAAUGGGCCUGGCCGAAGAAGACUUGGCCCACCAACACCAUCACCAGCAGCAGCAGCAGCAGCAGCAGCUUGCUUUGCUCGACCAGCUCUACAAGGCCGCAGAGCUGGUAGGUACUGGGAAUUUCUCACACGCGCAAGGGAUAUUGGCGCGGCUCAAUCACCAGCUCUCCCCAGUUGGAAAGCCCCUCCAUAGGGCUGCUUUCUACUUCAAGGAGGCUCUGCAAUUGCUCCUCCUAAUGAACAACCCAGUCACCACUCCACCCAGGGCCCCAGCCCCUUUUGAUGUGAUAUUCAAGAUGGGUGCUUAUAAAGUCUUCUCCGAGGUCUCACCGCUUAUUCAAUUUGUCAAUUUCACCUGCAACCAAGCCCUCCUUGAAGCUCUGGAUGAUGCUGAUCGUAUACAUAUCGUGGAUUUUGAUAUUGGCUUCGGUGCUCAGUGGGCUUCGUUUAUGCAAGAGCUUCCGGCGAGGAAUAGAGGUGCCCCAUCAUUGAAAAUCACUGCAUUUGCCUCUCCUUCUACCCAUCAUCCCGUUGAGCUGGGGCUUAUGCGCGAAAAUUUAACACAGUUUGCCAUUGAGAUUGGGAUAAGAUUUGAGCUUGAAGUAGUUAACUUUGAAUGCUUGGACCAAACCUCUUAUUCACUGUCCAUUUUGCAAGCAGCCGAGAAUGAGGCAGUUGCCGUGAAUUUUCCCAUUUGGUCCUCUUCGAAUCAGCCGGCUGCGCUUCCUGCUCUCCUCCGCUUUGUGAAGCAACUCUCACCUAAAAUUGUGGUAUCUUUCGACCGAGGGUGUGAUAGGAGUGACCUUCCCUUCCCUCAACAUGUUCUCCAAGCCCUCCAUUCCUACAUAUAUCUCUUGGAGUCUCUGGAUGCUGCCAAUGUGACUUCGGAUGCGGUGAGCAAGAUUGAGAGGUUCCUUCUUCAGCCAAAGAUCGAAAUCACGGUAUUGGGUCGACUCCGAGCCCCGGACAAAAUGCCCCUUUGGAAAACACUAUUUGCUUCGGCUGGGUUCUCUCCUGUAACAUUCAGUAACUUUUCCGAAGCUCAGGCACAAUGUGUGGUGAAGAGGACUCCGGUUAGGGGGUUUCAUGUAGAGAAGCGCCAGGCGUCGCUAGUGCUCUGCUGGCAGCGUCGAGAGCUCAUCUCGGCUUCAGCUUGGAGGUGCUGAGGAGCAGAGCUAUUGGAGGAGCAGGGGAGUUUGUUUUUUGGCAACUCAGUUUAUCACAGGGGUUCCUGAUCACUUUUACUCUGGUAUCGAGUCAAUAAAUUUUGAAUUGUGUUUGUGGUACCUCUUUUAUGACUUAAUCUUAUGAAAUGUUAUGUUUGUGAGUCUCCUUUGCUCAUUGCCUAUCCAGUCUAGACGGACUGAUCUUCCUGGUAUCAUAAGCAUCUGAUUGGAAAGUAAAUUGAGUCUUAUUUCUUUUGGACAUGGAUAAUGCUGCUAUGGUAUCUUUGAUUAUUUUA